AUGUCGAAUGAGGAAUUUUACUUUGCGCUUCUGAGAAUAUCGAUAGCACAGUUACUACGGUCACAUGGCUUUGACAAAUGCUCCAACAAAUCCUUAGACAUACUUACAGACACAUAUAUCAGAUUCAUGCAAUUGAUUGUGAAGAAUAUGGCCAAGCUCUCAGAGACACGAGGCCAGGGUAUAGAUGACGUUACGAUUCAAGAUCUUGCUGAAGCGCUCGUGGAAGUAAAGUUGAUACGGCCGUCCUCAAAACUGGAUCCCUACGAUUUGUCCCCUUUCAAUGCCACAGGAGUCGAGAACUUUGAGAAGUGGUUUCUGAGUGCAACCCCAGAUAGAGCUAGAGAGGUUGCAAGACCCAACAGGGAGAUAGCAGAAGAUAUAAUAAAAGAGAGUCUGGGCUUCGGGGAAACAUCUGUGAACAAUUUCAAGAACAUAUUGUCAAACAAGGCGCCUGGAACUGAGACUACAAGCCAAGUAGGCGAGAUUGUGGUGGAUGAAGAUUGGAUUCAACUUACAUUGAGAGGGCAGCUAGACGGCAAGGAUACCAGAUUCAAGGGCUCUGUUCUCGUUGAUUACUUGCCGAAGACAAAAGAGGCUUCCAAAGAACCAGGUCCAAGUUCCACAUCACGCAAGUUAUCGAGGCGAGCAAAUCAUGACUUUUUGGUUCUAGGUAAUACCCCAGAGAACUUGAUUGAUCACUUACCUUACAUCAAAGAGUCUGACUCCGAGAGUGAGCCAGAUGAGUUUAUCGAAGAGUUAAACGGAGAAUCAAGUGGAGGCGCUGAAAAUCAAGAUUCCAUGGAUUUUGAAUGA